UUAUAUAUGUUCAUGAUGAAGCAGAUGAUGCAGUACUUCUACUGCAACUCGUGGUCAUGGUAUUAUUAUUGGUGGUGGGUGGUGGUGGCGACGGCGGUUUUGGAAGCCGGAGGAGAUAGCAGUAGUAGUCGUAAUGUGACAUACGACGGAAGAUCUCUGAUCAUUGAUGGCCAAAGGGAACUGCUCCUCUCUGGUUCUAUUCACUAUCCUCGCAGCACUCCUCAGAUGUGGCCAUAUCUGAUUGGGAAGGCCAAAGAAGGAGGGGUGGACGUGAUUCAAACGUAUGUGUUUUGGAACGUCCAUGAGCCCCAGCCGGGACAGUACGAUUUCAGUGGUAGAAAUGAUUUGGUGAAGUUCAUCAAGGAAAUCCAAGCACAGGGCUUGUUUGCUUGCCUCAGAAUCGGACCCUUCAUUGAGAGCGAGUGGACUUAUGGGUACCCUACCUGCCUGGGCUUACCAUUUUGGCUGCAUGAUAUCCCUGGCAUCAUCUAUCGAUCAGAUAAUGAGCCCUUCAAGUUUUUCAUGCAAAAUUUCACCACAAAGAUAGUGAACAUGAUGAAGUCAGAAGGUCUAUAUGCUUCACAAGGAGGUCCAAUAAUACUGUCACAGAUUGAGAAUGAAUAUCAAAAUAUUGAAGCAGCUUUUCAUGAAAAAGGACCUUCGUAUGUUCGUUGGGCUGCAAGAAUGGCAGUUGGACUUCAAACAGGUGUACCAUGGAUCAUGUGCAAGCAAAGUGAUGCUCCUGAUCCUGUGAUCAAUACAUGCAAUGGAAUGAGAUGUGGGGAAACAUUUGCUGGACCAAACUCUCCAAAUAAGCCUUCAAUGUGGACAGAGAAUUGGACCUCAUUCUACCAAGUAUUUGGUGGGUCUCCAUACAUUAGGUCUGCUCAAGACAUUGCAUUUCAUGUUGCACUCUUCAUUGCGAAGAAAGGAAGCUAUGUGAACUAUUACAUGUAUCAUGGUGGAACAAAUUUUGGAAGAAGUGGGGCUGCUUAUGUCAUGACAAGUUAUUACGAUCAAGCUCCUCUUGAUGAAUAUGGAUUAAUUAGACAACCAAAGUGGGGGCAUUUGAAGCAACUUCAUGCUGCAAUAAAGUCCUGCUCUGUCACUUUGCUGCAUGGGGUGCAUACUAACUUCUCUCUUGGUCAACUUCAAGAGGCACAUGUUUUCCAAGACGGUUCCGAAGGAUGUGUAGCUUUCCUGGUAAACAAUGAUCCCAGGAAGAAUGCAACUGUCCAGUUUCAGAAUGCAUCAUUUGAAUUGGUUCCAAAGUCAAUAAGCAUCCUAGCAGACUGCCGAGAUAUAAUUUUUAAUACUGCAACAGUGAAAACAAAGUACAACUUUAGGAGGACAACACCAAGUCAAAUGUUUAAUUCUUCAGAGAGAUGGGAAGAAUUCAAAGAUGUCAUUCCAAGCAUUUUUGAUACCUCAAUAAAAUCAAAUACAUUGUUAGAACACAUGAAUAUGACCAAAGAUACAACUGACUAUCUUUGGUAUACUUUCAGGUAUCUUCAAAACUCGAAUUGCACCGAGCCAUUACUUCAUAUUGAGUCUCGUGGACAUGUUGUACACACUUUUGCAAAUGAUAUGUAUUCUGGAUCCGCACAUGGAAGCCAUGAUGUUAAGGGAUUCACUUUUGAGAACUCCUCAAUAUUACUGAAUAACGACAUAAAUAACAAUAUAUCAGUGCUCAGUGUAAUGGUUGGAUUGCCGGACUCAGGAGCUUAUCUGGAGAGUAGAUUUGCUGGAUUGACAAAUGUGGAGAUUCGAUGCUCUGAUGGGUUUUCUUACAAUCUUACCAACCAUGACAGUGGAUAUCAAGUUGGGAUGUUGGGAGAGAAGCUGCAGAUAUACAAUGAACAAAACCUGAGUAAUGUGGAUUGGAUUAAAGCCACAAUCUCUACCAAUCAGCCACUCACUUGGUAUAAGGCUAUAUUUGAUGUAGUAGUAGGAGAUGAGCUACCAUUGGCUUUGAACCUAAGCAGCAUGGGCAAAGGUGAAGCUUGGGUGAAUGGGCAGAGCAUUGGUCGUUAUUGGGUCUCAUUUCAUACCUCCAAGGGAGCCCCUUCACAGACACUGUACCAUGUUCCUAGAUCUUUCUUGAAACCAUCUGGAGGUGGAAACCUAUUGGUUUUGUUUGAAGAAAUUGGAGGGGACCCUCUUGGCAUUUCCUUGAACACUAUCUCUGUGGAUCCUCCUAUUGCUGGUCCUGUUUCUGUUCCUGUUCCUGUUCCUGUACAAGAAGAAAUGGACCAUCAUCGCCAAAACCUGAUGCUACUAAUGGAACUUUGACUUUGAGAGCAUAUAUAACAAACACACACACAUGCACACUUACUCCUCUAAUUCCAGCAAAUUAAAUAAACAAUUAUACUCUUCAAAUGUGUCUGAUUUAGAGCCCUAUCAAUUAUGUAUGCUACGCUGUCAUACUAUACAUUAAUGAAUCUUUAAAAUAAUAUUAGUUAUAUGCAACGGAAAGAUAUACUA